CAACGCCGGUCCCCGAGUCUGCCACCAUUGACGCGGGACUGCCAUUUCUUGCUGCAACGCCGGAGCUCGCAAUGUCAUCUGCAACGCUCGAGAUCAAGCUUUCUCGACCGAGCCGCAUCUAUUGCCCUUCCGAACCUCUCGACGGCAAGAUCGUCGUGAAGUCCGCUUCCUCCAUUUCUCACCGCGGCGUUCGCCUCGCCGUCAAUGGCUCCGUCAACAUGCAGGUUCGCGGAGGAUCUGCUGGACUUGUCGAGUCAAUUGUUGGUGCCGUCAAGCCUAUCGUGAUCGUGAAUAGGAUAAUUGAAGUGAGACCUUCCGGAAGGAUUGCAUCAGGUACGACAGAGGUAGUGAAAUGCAGAAAGGUUUACAUAUAUGCAACGUCUUUUCAUUUGGAAAGAGCAAGCUGA